CCCCCGGCAGCCAUGUCGCCUAGCACGUGCGAGCCCGCGCCCGCACCGGAAGCCUGCGACGCCAGCGACUCCCGCCUCCGCGCCCAGAUGCCGACGAGCACGUUGACCGCAGCGCUGGCGGCGCUGGCGGCGCUGGCGGCGCUCUGGGGCGCCGUCAAGCUGGCGCUGCUGCUGUGGCGCAGGCUGCAGCUGCUGCGCCGGCUGCGCAGACUCCCGGGGCCCCGCCCCUGGCCGCUGCUCGGCACCACCUACCUGCUGCUGCGGUCCCCGUGGCGCGGACUCCUACAGCUGGUGGUCGAGCUACGCGCGCGGUACUCGCCUCUGUUCUGCACCUGGACUGGCCCCUACCCGGAGGUGCACCUCGUGGAGGCGGAGCACAUAGAGGUCAUUCUAAACAGCACAAAGCAUUUCGAGAAGUCUUAUGCCUACAAACUUUUACAUCCAUGGCUUGGAGACAGCUUACUUACAAGCCAAGGCUCAAAAUGGCGGUCGCUCAGGAAGCUCAUCACGCCCGCAUUCCACUUCAGCAUACUGGAGAACUUCCUGGAGGUUUUUGCUGAGAAAAGUAAGGUCCUGGUGGACAAACUCCAGUCGAAAGCAGACGGGAAUGGUUUUGAUAUCUAUCCCUACAUUACCAGAUGCACCUUGGACGUCAUUUGCGAUACUGCCAUGGGAACCGAAAUUUACGCACAGGAAGGAAGGGAUACAGAAUACAUUAAAGCAAUCUAUGAUGUUUGUACACUAACACUGAAGCGAAUCUUUUCACCACUUCUGCACCUAGAUUUCAUAUACCACCGGACAAAGAGAGGCCAGCGGUAUAAGGAAUGCAUCAAAAUUCUUCAUGGAUUUACAGACAAUGUUAUCAAAGACCGCAGAAAUGCUCUCUUUGGUGUGACAACAAUCAGCAAAGAUGGUUCUGAGGAGCACGAAAUAAUUGGUACAAAGAGAAGAAAGGCUUUUCUAGACCUCCUCUUAGAAACAUCUCAAGACAAUACAGAACUCUCAGAUAAAAUGAUCCGCGAGGAAGUGGACACAUUCAUGUUUGCAGGCCACGAUACAACAGCAGUUAGUACGACUUGGACCAUCUACAUGCUCGGCCAUCAUCCGGAGAUACAGGAGAAGGUGUACGCAGAGCUCCGAGACGUACUUCAAGACUCGGACGGGGCUCCGUCGAUGAGGGACCUGCAGCGGAUGAAGUACCUGGGGCAGGUCAUACGGGAGUCCCUGCGCCUGUACCCCAGCAUCCCGUUCAUCCAGAGGAAGCUCAGCGAGGACGUCCACGUUGAUGGGUUCCACAUUCCUGCCGGGUGCACCGUCACAAUGCACAUAUACCUAGCUCACCGCAACCCCAAGCACUUCCCCGACCCGGACAAGUUUGACCCCGACAACUUCCUUCCCGAGAGAACCCAGUGUCGACACCCCUUCGCGUUCAUCCCUUUCAGCGGAGGAGCUAGGAACUGCAUAGGUCAGAGGUAUGCGCUGCUGGAGGAGAAGUGUAUCCUGUCGUCCAUCGUGAGGAAGUUUACGAUCCGCUCGCUGGAGGAUCCAGAGGAAAUCAGGAUGAACGCUCACAUCGUGCUCAAGCCAACCAACGGGGUCAAAGUUGCCCUCUCUCCGAGAGAGUGACUUCUCUUAUUUGUGCACUCGCCAAAAACUUUGUCUCGUUACAUUAAAACACUUUAAAAACAAUAA